CCCCCCCCCCCUCCCUGCUCUCGCGACAGCUCGCGCAGAAAAUGGCCCCGCGGCCGCGCCGCCGCUGAUGCGCGCUCCGGGCGGUGCCGGCCCCGCCGCAGCCCCGCAUCGCCAGGAGGAGACGCUGUCGGUGGCACGUGCCUUGCCCUGUGCCCACCACUCUCCAGGCCAUGAAGACGGAGAAGGAUGAAGCUGUGCCCACCUUCUCCCUGCGGGGUAAAUACACCGGAGAGGGGGCAGGUUGCAGCGAAGCAGCUCUGCCCAGCGGCCCAAUGCCAGUGGCAGGGAGCGGAGGGACCCCAGCCCAGGACCUGCGGCCGCUGAAGCGCAGACCUGUCCCAGGGAAGCACUACCAGUGCUCAAGCUAUGGCUGCAAACUGGCCUUCCCCAGCAUGCAGGAGCUGAUGGACCACCUGAAGGUCCACUACAGACCCACGCAGUCCCUUGAGGGCAAAACCUUCCAGUGCCCGACGCUGGGCUGCACAGAGACCUUCCCCAGCAUGCAGGACCUCAUGGCCCACAUGAAGGUGCACUACAAGCCAAACCGCUACUUCAAGUGUGAGAACUGCAUGCUGCGCUUCCGAACGCACCGCUCCCUCUUCAAGCACUUGCACGUCUGCUCUGACAGCGCCAGCAGCCCUGCGCCGCCCCCCAAAACCGACAAGCCCGUCCUGCCUGCUACCUCUGCCCUGGAGAAGGAGCCCCCGGCCAAGCCACCCGAGGGGCUUCCCAAACUCCCGAGCGUUAUCCGGCCCCUGGAGAAAGAAGCCAUCCUCCCUGGCGCAGACACUGCCUCGGCAGCCCCCGCUGCGCUCCCCACCAGCCUCCCCGAGCUGCCCGGCUCGCUGGAGGCGCUGCCGCUGGUCUCGCCGGCCCCCCACCCCUUCCCGCUGCUGGAGCCCAGCCUUUUCGGGCCAUCAUCCUUGACUCGGUUCUCGGGGCCACCCCCCUCCUCGGUGCCGGGGCCGUUCCUGUCCUACGUGCACCCUUCGCCCUACAGCUUGCCCCAGCCCCCGGCGCAGCAUCGCCUCCGGCCCUACGUGCCGGGCCACGGCCCCCCCAUCUCCAACGCCGUCUGGAAGAAAAGCCAAGGUGUGAGUGUCAGCCCACUCCUCCCAUGCUUUGGCUCAGGAGUGACUCCAGGGCACUCCUCCAACAGCCGCAUCGUGUGGGAACACACGCGGGGCCGCUACACCUGCAUGCAGUGCCCCUACUCCACUGCCUCGCGGGAGGAGAUGACCCUGCACAUCGAGGACCACCGCAAGAACCCCCCGACCCCCGGGCGCCUGGAUGCAGAGAUGGAUUUCGGGGUGGGCCUCGCCUCCUUCCACGCCAAGCUGACGCCGGAGAUGGAGAACUCCCUGUACUCCCAGCUCUGAUGAGCCCAGCUCCCACGGGACUGCUCCUGCGCCUCCCCAUCCCUCCCCCCCGAGCCAGGCGGUGGGGGGAGGGCACCGCACAGCCCAAGCCAUAGCGCUGGGACAGGGACCCCUUCCUGGGUACCAGGAGCAGCCCCCAGCCCCAGCACGGGCUGGCAGAGGGGCAGAUGUUUUCUCUUGAAUUUCUACCCUCCCUUUUAUUUUUGGAAACUAAGCACUUGGAACCCUGCGUCUCCCUCCCCUAAAGGUUUCGUUGCUUCAGCUCCAGGGGCUCUGGGGGGAGCCCAGUAGGUUGCUCAGGAGUUAGUGGACUUCUCUGGAAUGAGGUCUGGAAAUAAUAAAUGGGAAUUGUACAGGA